AUACACCGGGAGACUUCGAAACCGAUAGAGACACGGCGGCAUACCAACCUACUCACGGCUCUAAAUCCAUCGUAAAUACUAAACUCACUUUCAAAGCUAAAGCAUACAUAUAUCACAGGUUCACAACCACGCCAGUCAACAAGAGACCACCUCUCCUUCUACUAAACCCAUGAGAGUUCCAAAGCCAUAGCCAAACAUCCAAAACCAGAACAUGGAAAGCAACAAGGAGGAACAAGCAGAGGCAACCCUCUGGGCCAGGAAGUCGUGGGCCCUACUCUCCGCCGUCCGAUCCCAGUCGCCGCUGAUCCAAUGCAUCACAAACUUCGUGUCAAUGGAUCUGAUGGCCAACACUCUCUUAUCCGCCGGUGCAUCACCGGCCAUGCUCCACGCCCUCGAAGAAAUCCCGGACUUCACGCCUCAGGUCCACGCUCUCUGCCUCAACGUCGGCACACUCUCCGCCGACUGGUUGCCGGCCAUGAAGCUCGCCGCCCAACUGGCACGCAAGUCCGGUAAGCCCUGGGUUCUCGACCCUGUCGCCGCCGGCGCUUCCGGUUUCCGGUUGAAGGCUUGUUUGGAGCUUGUGGAGCUUAAGCCCACUGUUAUACGAGGAAAUGCGUCCGAGAUUAUCGCCCUCGCCAACGCCUCUGUGGGACCCACUAAGGGUGUAGACAGUUCCCACAAGUCCACGGAUGCAGUGGAAUCGGCAAAGUCAUUGGCUCGAGCCAGCGGUGCCGUAGUUGCAGUUUCCGGAGCUGUGGACAUUGUCACAGAUGGGGAGAGAGUUGUUGGUGCUCAUAAUGGGGUUGCCAUGAUGACAAAGAUUACGGCAACAGGGUGUUCUGUCACUGCUCUCAUUGCUGCUUUUAUUGCGGUUGAUCAAGCACAUGUACUGGAAGCUACAGCUGCGGCAUUAUCCUUAUUUGGGAUUGCGGGAGAGAUGGGAAUGGAAAUGGCGAAUGGUCCAGCAACCUUGCGGAUCCACUUGAUAGAUUCACUCCACGGACUGGAUGAAGCAUGUGUGCUUUCUCGUGUUAAAAUCACCAGCUUGUCGUGAACGAUGAGGACCUGUUUAUGUGGCAUUGCUCUUGAUAUAGAGGAGAUGGGCACAUGGAGUGGUUGAGUGGACUCAAAACUCAGGAGGUGAAGUUGUUAGUUUUGUAUUAUUUUUGGAUUCUGGUUUAGGUGAAUUAGGUACUCGUCACAUAUAAUGAUGAAACAUGGAAGUGGGUUUGUUGUAUCACUGAUUCCAGGAGACAUUCUCUGUAAUUAUCGGUAUUUGCAAUUUAUUUUAUUUUCACAAAUUUGAUGUUAAGAAAA